CACUGUGCGCACAUACCGGAGGCUCUCCAUCCUCUCUGCGCUCCAGACUCUGGCGUCUCCAAAUCCGACACCACUCUUGGAAGAUGGUCGCAAAACCAGCUCUCCCUCACAGACCAGCCCACAUCUGAGGCAUGCAAUGAUCCGCAGAGGACCCACGGAGGACCCACGGAGGAUCACUGCGCUUCACCCACCGAGCUCCCACUCCUGCGGCGCGUCAGGCUCUCCAGAAAAAAGCGCACAUUUCGCAAUCUGUUUUCUUUGGAUGCAGCCAACUGGGCGCAUGAAAGUGUGGCUCUGGUGACCUUGCGAUUUUGUAACCCACACUGGUAGUUGUUGUCCGGAUUAAACAGUAUCAGUUUCUCCUUUGCAACAAUGUUUUGAGUGCAAAGAGGAGGAGGAGGAGGAGGAGGAGGGGAUUGAAGAGCGGCUGCAGACGUCUGGAGGAGGGGGGGUUUCUUCAGUGCGCACACAAGCUGCGCUCCGUCUCUGCGCUGCUGUCUCCACAGGCUGGACAGAAGGGGUUUUUUUUUUGGUUUCUUCUUUUUUUUGUUUUGGUGUGAAAAAUCUGGAAAUAUACUGUGGUAAAAUGACGAUGUCCGUCCCGGAGAGGAAAUCAGGAUCGGAGGGGAAGGAGGAGGAGAGCGAGGAUGAGAGUGAGAUCUUGGAGGAGAGCCCAUGCGGCCGCUGGCAGAAACGCAAAGAGCAGGUGAGCCAAGGUAAUGUCCCAGGUGUGGAGAGUGCCUCUCUGGCCAUGGACACAGAGGAGGGUGUGGAGGUGGUCUGGAACGAGGUGCUCUUCUCUGACAAGAAGGUCUUCAAAGCACAGGAGGAGAAGAUCAAGGAGAUGUUUGAGAACCUGAUGCAGGUCGAACACCCCAACAUCGUCAAGUUCCACAAGUACUGGCUGGACAUGAAGGAGAGCCAGGCGAGGGUUAUAUUCAUCACAGAAUACAUGUCGUCGGGCAGCCUCAAGCAGUUUCUGAAGAAAACUAAGAAGAACCACAAGACCAUGAAUGUGAAGGCCUGGAAGAGAUGGUGCACCCAGAUUCUGUCUGCCCUCAGUUAUCUGCACUCUUGUGAGCCUCCGAUAAUCCACGCCAACCUGACGUGCGACACCAUCUUCAUUCAGCACAACGGCCUCAUCAAGAUCGGCUCAGUGUGGCAUCGGCUAUUUGUAAAUGUGUUUCCAGAUGCCAGCGUCCACAGUAAAGCGAGGCAGCAUCGCGAUGAGCAAAGGAAUCUUCAUUUUUUUGCUCCAGAAUAUGGAUCUGGCGAAGAUGAUUAUGCCAUAGACAUUUUCUCCUUUGGCAUCUGUGCUCUAGAGAUGGCAGUACUGGAGAUCCAGGCCAACGGAGACAGUGCUGUGUCCAAGGAGGCCAUCGUCAAUGCAGGUCAAUCUCUGGAAGACCCUCUCAUGAGAGAAUUCACCCAGUCCUGUUUGCGUCACGAAGCCAAGCUCCGUCCUACUGCUCACGACCUUCUGUUCCACCGAGUCUUGUUCGAGGUCCACUCCCUCAAACUGCUCGCCGCCCACUGCCUCAUCAACAACCAGUACUUGCUCCCAGAAAAUUGUGUGGAGGAGAAAACCAAGUCCUUUGACCCCAACGCUGUCAUGGCCGAGAUUAAACAUGAUGACAGACAGGGCGUUCAACUCAAAUAUUCCCAUGUGUCCCCUUUGGAGCUUGACAAGUUUCUGGAGGAUGUCAAGAAUGGGAUCUACCCGUUAAUGAACUUCGCCUCGUCUCGGCCUCACCCCGUCCCUCGCGCCCUGUCCUUGUCUCAGGAGCAGGUUGAGACGGUCAAGACGCCGACUCCUGAACCCCAGGAGACAGAAUCAAGAAAGGUUGUUCAGAUGCACUGUAAUUUGGAGUCAAAUGAAGAAGGGACCAAAACUCAUCUCUCACUGUUUCUGAAGAUGGAUGACAAACUUCAUAGGCAGCUUAGCUGUGACAUCCUUCCAACUGACACCUCCAAAGACCUUGCCAGUGAACUUGUUCACUACGCCUUCAUUAAUGAGGAGGACAGUGAGAAGGUAGCAGGGUUCCUGGAGGAUGCCAUCUGCAGACACCGGGUCCGAGCGCUGGCCUCUGGGAGCACACAGUGAGGAGGGGUCACGACAGCGGCUGGCCCAGACAGAGGGGCCACGGGCGUUGACCACACGGGGUCGAGACAGGGAGAGGGCAGCGGACAGGGAUCACACAGCCGAGAACGGAGGGAGCUGAUGAAAAACAAGGGACAAAUACUGAAGGAUGCUGAGCCUUGACAGUCAGGAAAUCUUGCCAGAGAGACAGAGGGAACGGCUGCGAAGAGAUGGAACCGAAGGCACCUCUGGUCGGAGGGCCGGAGGCAUCCUGGCUGUGUUCAGCAAUCCCACAAUGCAGUGGAAGAUUGACAAACUCCCUGCCUAAAAGGACUAUCACGCCUUAAGAUAUAUGGACAGCUUUUCCAUAAUGCCACUAAUCACAACGGAUAUGUUUCAAUUAAAAAAUGCAGCAGCUAAGUUUUUCAGAAGGACAUUUUAUUGCUCUUGAGCCUCGUUUGCACUCCAAUGUCCACUUUGAUUGGUGAUGAUUUACUUUAAAUUGUGAACAAAGUAAUUUACGACAGCAUCUCUCCCGUACGAGCCAGAACCCUCUGUUUAUAACAGUUUAAGGAAUUUAUUAUUCCGUCCAACAUGCACUGUUAAUACUCAUUCAGUUGACUUAUUUAUUUAUGUUUAACUGUGAACCAUAGAAGCUUGCACAAGCUGUUUUAAUUUUUUUGUUUUACUUUUUAUGUAGUUUCAAAGUUAACACACCUAACUGCACUCUUGGGUUAAAGGCUUCUUCUCCCGGAGCUAAUCACACCAUGCCUAAAUGUAGUGACGAGCCAUGAGAUGAUGGCUCUCUUUUAGCCUGUUGUGCUCUUAAGGGUUUUUUCCAUGUGAAAGCGCUCUGAAAGCCAAAGACUUGCAAAGUGCCUGAAAUGGCUACUAUGUACUUUGGACAACAUUUCUUAAUGAAAACGGCAUCUUACCCAACAUAGUGAUUUGGAAUUUAACAAAUCCAGGCUGACUUUUAACUUUAAGAUCAGAUGCAUUGAUUCUUGCUAGUGCUCGUCCCUUAUUAUGAGUCCACAUAGUCAGCCUGGGUGAAUGUGAAGCUUGACACCCAUUAAUGGCAGCUCCAUUGAGAGCUGCAGCCUUUGUAUACUGGACGUGUGGAUCAGGUGAUAGUGCUCUCUGCUGCAGUAAAUGUUAGUUCAGAAAGAGCUGCAGCUCAUGUGCAAAACUUGUACUACAUCACAGGAAGCGUGUGAAGUAAAAUCAUAGUCUUAUAUAAAUGGGAGUAAGGGUGAUGGUGAUGUGAUCUUAAGACUUAUUAAUAAAAAAUGUUGAUAAAUAUUACUUAACUACUACUUUAACUAAAUUUCUGAACUUGUUUUGUGUCUAGAGGUGUUUUAAAGGAAACAUCUACCCAAAGGUCUUUAGGAAUGUACGGUUUCAGCAUUUUGUUUUUAAUGUAAUCAUUAACAGUGCUAACCUCUUGAGGUUUACAUGGGCUGCAGGUGAUAACACAUAAUUCAUGAUAAAAAAAGAAGAGGAACAUUUUGCUUUGAACACAUUCAUUUGCCAGGAUCAGAUCUGCUCUAGUUCUGUUUCGCACAAUUUCAGUGUGAACUUUGGAAUUGAUUGCACUGUAGUCCACACAGACACAAAAAUAGAAUACACUCCUUCAGCUCGGCCAGAUUUUCUUGUCAAGAAUCCAAUCUUGGCACCGUAAAAGAAUGGUGGAUUGUUCUUUUACAAAAACUGGAGAACAAAAAAACCAAUGGUGAAUUGUCUGAUCGAAGCAGUGUAUUCUUUUUUUGUCAUAAUCAUUUAGCUCUGCUUCAUUUGUUUCUCGGGUCAGUAAAGAUGCGGCUUCAUAUACACACUGCUGUACAGUCAUUGCUUACAGUACUUACUUACUCUACUCUGUGUCAGGCCUUCUUAUCAGUGUGUCUCUGAAGAAAGGAGUCAUGAAUUCUCUCAGACAUUCACCGACUACGGGCUGUGGUGUACAUAUUUAUUUGUGACUAUUGAAGGGGGUUUGCUUUUAGACACAUUUUCAAUACAGAGAAGUGCCACUAUUGCUCUCCUUUGAUCUAGUAAGCUGCAUGUCUUAAUAGCCUGCAACCAUUCAGAACUUAACAUUUUUGCCUUUGUCAGUCACAGUUCAGUUUCAGAGGGGGACCUGACCAAGAAAAUGAAUGUUUAGACUGUGCAAACAUGAAAAAAAAAACAUCCAUAUCAGUCUCAUUUUAUGUCAAAUGACUUAUUUUCCCGUGAAACUGUUGAAUGAAAUUUGCCUUUUGGAUGUGUUCUACUUAAACAUUUGUUAAAUAUUACAACUACUACAAUUAAAUACAUGACAAUAAACAAUAUGUGACAUGUC